AAAAGAUCAACGACAGCGACGACGGUCGGCCGACAUGAGCUCAGCAGUGUCGACAGAGCUCAAAGUCUACUUCAAGCCCCUCGAUGCACCCAUAGCAUGGGGACCUCUCAUACUGGCGAGCUGCCUCAGCUCUGCACACGGUAGUCAAGGUCUGAUCAGCACAUCCUUUGAGCAAACUGGCGCAAAGGGGAUAGCCUGUCUCCUCACAUCUGCAGGCCAGCAAUGUGAUCAGGCGGCUGCUGUAAUCAGGAGUUUAGCAAACUCACUCGCCUCACAAGGAUGGCUUGGCAAAGACGCCGGAGAGUCAGCAGAGGUGGACGGACUGAUCGCUCUGUCGAGUCAGGUCGCAGGAACGACGGAAUUCGCCAGAUUGGCUCCACUGCUCGACCAGCUCGACCAACGCCUGACGCUCAGAUCAUUCCUCGUGGGCUAUCGUGUCACUGCAGCAGAUCUGGCCGUAUGGGGAGCCAUGAAGUCCAACAGUCCUGCGAUGGGCAUCCUCAAAAAGGGCUUGCAUCCUCAUCUCACGCGUUGGCAUGCUCAUAUCGCCUCGCUCGAGCCUGUCGAAUCUGCCGUUCGUACUUUCGUAGAAGCGUCCAAAGCAAAGCCCAAGAAAGGUGCAGCAAAUGCCACUUUCGAGCUCGGGCUCGAGCAUGCGAUAGAUGGACAAGUCGUCACUCGAUUUCCACCUGAGCCUUCCGGCUAUCUCCACAUUGGUCAUGCGAAAGCGGCCAUGCUCAACGCCUACUUUGCUCAACACUAUCACGGUCGACUGCUCAUACGGUUUGACGAUACCAAUCCCUCGAAAGAGAAAGCCGAGUUCGAAGAGAGCAUCAUUGCGGAUCUCGCUCUGAUGGAGGUCAAGGGCGAAGCGGUCAGCUACACGUCUGAUUACUUUGACGAGAUCUACAAGUAUGCGAUCGAACUCAUCAAGAAUGGCAAGGCCUACGCAGACGAUACGCUGCAAGAAAAGAUGCGCGCAGAGCGCAUGGACGGUAUUGCGUCUGUUCAUCGCGAUAUGACGGUCGAAAAGACACUCGAGCAUUUUGCACAGAUGAUGGCGGGCACAGAGGAGGGCGCUAGAUGGUGUAUCCGCGCCAGGAUGUCAGUCGACAAUCCCAAUAAGGCCAUGCGCGAUCCCGUCAUCUACCGCUGCAAUGCCGUGCCACACCAUCGAACGGGAACCCAGUGGAAAGCCUAUCCCGGCUAUGACUUUGCCUGUCCUGUCGUCGAUAGCUUGCAAGGCGUCACACAUGCGCUACGAACCAACGAAUACCGCGAUCGAAAUGCGCAAUAUCACUGGAUGCUCGAAGCGACCGGAUUGCGCCAUGUUCACAUUUGGGACUAUGCAAGAUUGAACUUCAGCUAUACUCUGCUUUCGAAGCGCAAGCUAAAAGCGAUGGUUGACGACAAGGCGAUCGUGCGCUCAUGGCAAGAUCCAAGAAUGCCAACGAUACGAGGCAUCCACCGUCGUGGUCUUACUGUGGAAGCCUUGCGUCAAUUUAUGCUGCUUCAAGGCCCUUCCCAAGCCACAACGAAUAUGGAGUGGGAUAUCAUCUGGACACUCAAUAAGAAGAUUAUCGAUCCUAUCGUUCCACGCUACUGGGCUCUCAGCAAGAAGGACCUCGUCAAGCUCACGCUGACCGGCGCGCCCUCUGCGCCUUGGACGAGUGCAAUGCCCAAGCAUAAGAAAAAUCUCGAUCUGGGCAACAAAACGACUUAUUACUCAUCGGAUAUCUACAUUGAUCAAACCGAUGCAGACUCCUUUGCGGAGAAUGAGGAGAUCACCCUCAUGGACUGGGGUAACGCUUUCGUUCGACAGAAGACAACUUCAGGCUCGACAGUCACAGCUUUGGCGGGCGAGCUGCACCUCGAAGGAGACUUCAAAAAGACCGAGAAGAAAAUCAACUGGUUGCCUGCAACAUCGUCGGAGCCUCUGAUCAAUGUUCGAUUGAUCACUUACGAUUACAUUAUAACGAAGAAGAAGCUCGAAGAGGACGACAACUGGGAGAAUUUCAUCAAUCCCGAAUCAGAAUCCAUAGAAGAGGCGAUCGCAGAUCCUAAUGUCGUCUCACUGAAACGUGGCGAUAUGCUACAGCUCGAACGCAAGGGCUAUUUCAUCGUCGAUAAGCCGCUUGGGGAAGCAUCUGUCAUCGAUGGCGAAGCGGGCAAAGACUUGAUCGAGAUGAUCUUCAUUCCUGAUGGCCGACUAAGCACGGUCAGCUUGCGCUAUCAAGCCGGCCACCCAUCGACGCAGGCUGGCGCCACCUCACAAGACAAGCAAGUGAAAACGCCUUCUGCUCGAACAGUCUUGCCAGAGAUUGCACCAGCACAGGCGACAGAGUCUGUCCUGCUCAGUGAGGGCUCAAGUGGGUUUGAGAUACCCGUCAAGACGAAGAUGUACGCGGUCAGACCGGUGAUACCUAACAAGGGCGAAGACUUUGCGAUGGCGAAGACGAGGAUCCAGAGAGUCAUCAAAUCUUUGCAGCGACGUCCGGGCGCCACUGCCGAAGCAGAUCAGACACAAAGCACGGCAGUGCUACACAGUCGAGCAGGCAGGACGGCUCUCGUGAGCAGCAGUCGAGCAGCAAGCUUGCGCUGUAUCUCUGCUCUCGCAAGCUUUCGCGCGUCAGAUCCACAGCAAACGCUAGGGUGCUGUAGGUCGGGCCAGCAACGCACUAUGGCUACCUCCAGCGCGGCCGAAAGGCUCAAGGCGACGCAAGCAGCAGCUACCAUGGAGCUCGGCAACACAUCGAAGCGAGACUACCUCGUUGAGCUUGAGCGCAAAUGUCAGCAACGAUGGCAAGACGCAAAUCUUUUCGAAGUCAACGCUCCCUCGUCAGAGAGUCCAGAGCUAGCACACUUGUCAUCAGAAGAGCUCCAGCAGAAGUACCCCAAGUUCUUCGGGACAUUCCCCUAUCCUUACAUGAAUGGCUCUCUACAUCUCGGCCAUGGCUUCACCAUUUCCAAGAUUGAAUUCGCUAUCGGAUUCGAACGUAUGCUGGGCAAGCGGGCGCUCUUUCCGGUCGCUUUCCAUUGCACAGGCAUGCCGAUCAAGUCGGCUGCCGACAAGCUUGUCCGCGAGAUGGAAGAAUUCGGGCCCGAUUUUGAAGGCUACUCUGAGCCAGGCGAUGGGGACAACGAGGUUGCAGGCGCGCCGCCUGUCGCACCACCACCGCAGUCUGGCGCCGACGCAACUGGUCCUUCGGCAUCUACAACAACCUCAAACGUCGGCAAGGCGACCAAAGGCAAGCUGCAGGCCAAGUCUACAGGCCUUCAAUACCAGUUUCAGAUCAUGGAAAGCAUAGAUGUUCCACGCAAAGAGAUCAAGAAGUUCGCCGACCCUCACUAUUGGACGAAAUACUUUCCGCCGAUAGCUAAACGAGAUCUGAUCCGUCUGGGGGCACGGGUAGACUGGCGACGAUCAUUCAUCACGACUGACAUCAACCCUUACUACGACUCUUUCGUGCGCUGGCAACUCAAUCGUCUGCGAGACUUACAGCACGUCAAAUUCGGCGAGCGGUAUACUAUAUACUCGCCUAAAGACCAACAGCCCUGCAUGGACCACGAUCGUGCGAGCGGGGAAGCUGUCGGGCCGCAAGAAUAUACUGGGCUGAAGCUGCGCGUCGUUCAAUGGAGCCCUGCAAGCGAGCACAUUGCAGCUCAGCUGAAGGGAAAAACAGUCUACAUGGUCGCUGCUACGCUACGUCCAGAGACUAUGUAUGGUCAGACCAAUUGCUUUGUGGGCAAUAACAUCAAAUACGGCGUUUACGCAGCAAAAGAUGAGCAGUCAGCGUAUCUCAUCACCGAGCGAUCAGCGCGCAACAUGGCUUUCCAAGGAUUGUUGCGCGAAGCUGGGAAAGUCACCUGCUUGGUCUCGAUUCAGGGCGCAGACCUCAUUGGAACGACGAUCCAUGCGCCGAUGAGUGUGUACGAAAAGGUCUACGUCUUGCCUAUGGAUGGCGUGUCGCCCAACAAAGGUACAGGUGUCGUCACAUCUGUGCCUUCAGAUUCCCCGGAUGACUAUGCGACUCUCAUGGACCUUCGCAAGAAGCCCGAGUACUACAAGAUCAAAGCCGAAUGGGCGGCAAAUGAGCCCCACCCGGUCAUUGAGACCGCAAGCUACGGCAACCUGACUGCAGUGACGCUCGUCAAGCAGCUUAAAAUCAAUUCGCAGAAAGACAUCAAGCAGUUGGCAGAGGCGAAAGAGCUCGCUUAUCGCGAAGGGUUUUACAAAGGCACAAUGGUCACGGGCAAAUACGUGGGCGAAGCAGUUGAAAAGGCCAAGGAGAAAGUCAAACACGAUCUGAUCGAGGCUGGCAAUGCCUUCGCAUACGCAGAACCAGAAAGUCAGAUCAUCAGUCGUUCGGCGGACGAGUGUGUCGUUGCACUCAUGGAUCAGUGGUAUCUCGACUAUGGCGAAGCUCAAUGGCGAGCCAAGGCAGAAAAGCUGCUCAGUCAGAUGGAGACCUACUCGGCGGAUACACGCAAAGCUUUCGAAGGCGUCCUCGCGUGGCUCAACAAGUGGGCCUGUGCAAGAAGCUAUGGACUUGGCACAAAGCUGCCAUGGGAUCCCCAAUUUCUUGUCGAAAGCUUAUCGGACUCGACGAUCUAUAUGGCCUUCUACACCAUCGCCCAUCUCCUGCAGGGCGGCGUCAUCGACGGAAGCCAGCCUGGUCCGCUUGGUGUCACGGCUGACCAGCUCACAGAUGAAGUCUGGGAUCAUCUCCUCGGCAGCGCAGACUUACCGGCAAACUCGCCUCUGCCCAAAGAGAAGGCAGACGCAUUGCGUCGCGAAUUCACCUACUUCUAUCCGCUCGACAUCCGAUCGUCUGGCAAGGAUUUGAUCGCGAACCAUCUUACCUUUUGCAUUUAUGUCCACGCCGCGUUGUUCCCGGAAAAGCAUUGGCCGAGAAGCAUGCGCUCCAAUGGGCAUCUGAUGCUUAAUGGAAAGAAGAUGAGCAAGUCGACCGGCAACUCACUCACGCUUGCAAACGCAAUAGAUAAGUUCGGCGCUGACUCGACUCGGUUGACGCUUGCCGAUGCAGGAGAUAGUAUGGAUGAUGCCAACUUUGAAGAGCUUACAGCGAAUGCGAACAUCCUCCGCUUGCAUGCUUUGUCUCUGUUUGCCGAGGAAGAAACCGCCAAGCUCCGCGCAGGCGGGCUACGGAAAGGCGACAAGAACUUCUUUGAUCACGUAUUUGAACAAGAGAUUGUGCAGACUAUCAAGGCGACGCGCAAGAGUUAUGAGAACGCGGCGUAUCGCGAUGCGUUGAAAGCUGGCUUUUACGAAUUUCUGCUGGCAAGAGAUGCCUACAGAGACGCGUGUGCCGACGAGGGUAUGCAUGGCGAGCUAGUAGAAAAAUACCUCCGAGUCCAAGCCCUACUCAUCUUGCCCAUUGCGCCUCACUUUGCCGAGCACGUAUGGACAGCUUGCCUGCAAGAGCCGUCAUCUGUGCAACUUGCUCGCUUCCCAGAGCCAAACGCUGCAGAAGACGAUAGCGUACUGGAAGCCAAUGCGUUUGUUAAGCAGACGUUGGCGUCUGUGCGAAGUGGCGAGACGCAAGCGACGAAGAAGAAGGCAAAAGGCAAAGCAGUCUUAUUCGAUCCGGCAAAGCCGAAGCGUCUGCACCUCUUCGUCGCGAACAAUUUUCCGCAAUGGCAGGAGGAUGUCUUGCAACUUUUCGGAGACUGUCAUGACGCCUCGGGCCAGAUUGAUGAUGCCAAGCUCAAGGCAAUGCUCACAGCAAAUGGCAGGAUCAAGGACAAGCGAGUGAUGCCGUUCGUGCAAGCGCUCAAGAAAAAGGUCAGCGAGCGAGGCAUCAAGGCCGCGCUCGACCGUAGCCUCGCUUACAACCAGCAAGCAACGCUGGAGAACAUUUUGCCCUAUCUGCGACGAGUCCUCGGCUACGACACCAUCGAGGUACUAUCAGUCGACGAAGCACAGAAGCGUGGCCAAGGUCUCUCAGAGGACGAGCAGUCAUCGCGUGGUCUCGAUUUGCAGCUCGUCGGUGCGGCCGAGCCAGGCGCGCCGGGCAGACAAUUCUGGAAUGUCUAGAUAGCUGAUGUAUGAUCGUCUGUCUUGCGUUCCUGCGUGUCAGCUGGACGGCCGGGCGCCGAGCUCUGCAUUGGACCGUUUACUGUGCU